AUGUCUCAGAGCAAACCUAUCCAACGUACUGAAGUCAGGAUUGGUCAUUCUCUGAAUGAAGGAGAGCAGGACCAUGUUUCUAGGAGGGGAGAGACUGUUCUGCAGUGCUUAAAGAGACAUGGUAUCAACUGCAGUCAGGAUACAAUGCCCAACAUUGCACUGCUGGGCUCUGGGGGAGGUGAGCGAGCCAUGCUGGGGUUACUGGGAUCACUGGUUCAACUAAAGAACUGUGAUCUCCUGGACAGCAUAAUGUACCUGAGUGGAGUCUCAGGAUCCACAUGGUGCAUGACAUCCUUAUAUAAAGAGUCAGACUGGUCCACCAAACUGGCCGCUGUGAAGGAGAAUAUCAUUAAAAGGCUUGAUGGGCCUGCAGUCAGCUGGUCAGAUGCUUGGAAAAAACUGAACAAAUACUAUGACCAGAAUGACAACUUCUCUCUGACAGACGUCUGGGCUGUAAUGUUUGUCACUAUGAUCAUGAAAGAGAUUGAUGAAAACACUAUAAGCGGUCAGAGAGAGAAUCACAGCAAAGACCCAUAUCCCGUCUACACUGUGAUUGACAAGCAGUGCAAAAAGAAGAAACGGGACCGAGAUGUCUGGUUUGAGGUUGCGCCUCAUGAAGCUGGCUACUCCCUCGCUGGUGCGUUUGUGGACUCAGCCUAUUUUGGGAGUCAGUUUGAAGAAGGGCGUUUAGUGAAAAAACAACCUGAGAUUGACAUGCUGUAUCUGCAAGGACUCUGUGGCAGUGCCCUCGCUAGUAAACAAGAGAUACAGAAAUGGUUAUGGGAACAUAUCAAAGUGGAAGAUGUGGACCCCUCUGUUCUGAGUGAAGAGGAGAGAAAUUAUAUGGAUGCUGGGCUGCUGGACAACUCUCCUUAUUUCCCAAUGCUGAGAAAAGAGAGACACAUCGAUCUCUUCAUCUCCCUUGAUUUCAGUUCUGGAGACCCCAUGGAGACUGUGGUUAAAGCUUCUGAAAUGUGCAGGGAAUUGAAGAUUCCGUUCCCUGAGGUAAAACCACCACCAAAGUCUUCUGAGCCAGAUGACUUCUAUUGUUUUGAGGGGAAGAACGGAGCUCCAACUGUGAUCCACAUUCCCCUUUUCAACAAAGUCAACUGUGAUGGUCAUAUUAAGGAGUGGGAGACAGAAUAUACAACCUUUCAGGGGCCCUACAGUGGUGACAUGAUCAUCAAGCUGAUUGAGAAAGCAGGCGAGAAUGUGAUAAACAACAAGGGAAAACUCAUGAGAGUGAUACGGUCUGUCACUGAGGAAAAGGGUAAAACACAAUAG